ACCGUCCGGGGAAGAUGGCGUCGCCGAGUGCGGGUGCAGAUUUAGAACAGUCUUUGCUGAGCUUCGAGAAGUUGGAUAGAGCUUCACCAGAUUUAUGGCCAGAACAAAUGCCAGGGGUAGCGGAAUUUGCAGCAUCUUUCAAAAGUCCUAUUACCAGCUCUCCACCCAAAUGGAUGGCAGAACUUGAAAAAGAUGAUAUUGACAUGCUGAAAGAGUUGGGAAGUCUUACUACUGCUAACUUAAUGGAGAAGGUACGAGGCCUACAGAAUCUCGCUUACCAGUUGGGAUUGGAUGAAUCACGAGAAAUGACCAGAGGAAAAUUUUUAAACAUUUUGGAACGGCCCAAGAAGUUGCAGUAAAAUUCCAACCACUUGUUUCUGAGAGAAGACCCAGCACUUGUUUAAAGACAAUUGCUGUCUACGGAUACCUCCACAUUCUUCACAUAUCGUCUGUUCAGACUGCCUAUACAAUAGAGCGUCACAAGAUCAUACUUUAAGGACAACUUAUCUUUUAGCCUAUAAGGCAAAUUGUUUUUAAUUGGAAAUAGAAACUACAGUUGAUGCUUGUUUGCUGUAGAAAGGCAGCAUUUGGUUUGCCUUGUGUAUAUGAAAUUACAAUAUUGUUAUAUUGUCGUGGACUCAUCUAGAUGUAUUUCUUAUCGUAUAUUUAGAAUUUGUUAUUCCCUUUUAACACGCAAUGAAGUAAGGUUACGCACAACAAUAGCACUUUAGGGCUUCUGAUUCUAUCAGCACAUGCCCACAUUUGGAUAUCAAAUAAUAAUACAUUUGAUGGAAGGAGCAUUGUAAAGAAAAUUGUCUGGGAGUACAAUGGCUUUUCACAAACCCCACUUGUUUGUUUUAGACAGAAUAACAUAAAAUUGAACAUGUUUUCAGAGAUUUAAUAUGGCAUUUCAAAAGAUUGUCCAAACUUCUCUCCUACAGUUUGUGAGGCCAUCUCGAGGCUUUGCUGUGCUUCUACUUUUUAACACAUUACUGUCUGUGUUGUCAGAUUUUUAAUGAUAGAGCAUAUAAAAGCUAUGUUAAAAUGAUUGUGCAUUGGACUAGUACCCUAAAGGGUGAUUGAUCAACAGUUAGAGGUUUAGACUGGAGUGUGCAAAAAGAAAUCUGGCAUUGGCAUUAAAUUACUUAUUCCACCUGAAAUAUUAUGGAUCUGUGACUAACAAACAGGACAAAUCUUUGAUAUUUUGCUCCAAAGUGAAAACAAAGCUAACUUAAUUAUAAAUCAAUUUAAAAAGGUGUCAUGCCAAACCGAAAUAAUUUUGAUUGAGAAGAGAGAUUGUAAUCAUAUCUAAGAAUACGUAUGGCUGUGCAUCAAGCAGUCUUGUUUAGAUGAAUGAUUCAGGCAUGUGUUGCAAGGGAAUAACUUCUGCUAUCGCUCUAAUUUAUUUCCCUUUUGGUAUCAGAAGAAAACAUUAGGACGUAUUCAGUUAGUAACUUGGAGAAAGAUUUUUCUUAAUUUUAUUUGUCCUUCAUUUCCUGGGCCCCAUGUGUCUCCUUCCUGGCUACCAAAACUAUGCUUUGUGAUUGACCUGCAGCAGGGAUAAACAGUUGGGCUGCAAACUGCAUAGUGGAGUAUUGAAUCUUGGGAGAGGGGUCGUUUUAAGAAGAAAAAUAAAUUAAACCAAAUUUUGAUUCGAAAUUUUAAACAUUAAGUAGAGAACAUGAAAGUCUAAGUUGUACUUGAUCACAAUCACGCAACCGAGUAUCACUGUAGUCAGGGACACAACACAAACCCAACUUUCCAUAUCAAAUUUCACAUGUUGAUGCAAACAGUUCUGUUCAGUCCAAUCCCAUUGUCACGUUAUUUGGAAUUAGAAUUGCAGCAUUCUAAUAAAAUGGAGACCAUCCUUUAAAAUUUCAGCCUUGGUAACUGAUGCACAAAGCUAAACUGAAGUCUGAUUUUAGAACUGGGAUAAAGUCACAGGGAAAUAUUGGACAAAAUCACUGGAAACAUUGACCUCUCCAGCGACCCAUGGACAUCUCAAAUAUGAGAAGCUUAGAUCUUAAGUGGUUGCUUGUAAAGGGGUGUGACACUUUGUUGUAGAUGUACAAAUCAUUCAAGCCACCUGCCCCUACCCUUCAACAUUGUUCCAAUUACUAGGUUCAAGCUUUGUUUCCAUAUAUUUUUGGAAUUGAAAUCGGAUCUAGUUUCACAAACAGUGUUGUGCAAAAG